UACCUUGAAGCUUCCUGAUAAGAAAUAAGCCUACGCCGACAAAAGUCGAUCGAUUGCUUAACCCGGGUGACAGUCGUAGUCGAAGUGCUAUUGAAGGUGCAUCAAAAUGAAAUUUAAAAUCGUUGUAAUUUUCACGACGAUUUUACUUGCAACUUCCCACGCUCAACUGAUUUGCUAUCACUGCGAUGAUUGUGAUUACGAUGUUACCGCAAUACAACCAUGUGGCUUUGAUAAUACCAUUUUGACGCCACCAGAUUGGGGACAAAGCACGAUUUCAGGUGGUGCCAACGAUCCGAUUUUGACGCCCCCGGGUGGUGACAGCAGUACCGGCAAUCCUUUAGACCCCAUUCUAACACCUCCCACUGUUCCGGGAGGAGAUGGAAGCGGCACCGUAAAUCCAGGAGAUCCAAUCCUAACACCACCGAACAACGGAGGAGGUGAAAGCAGUACGGGAAAUCCCGGAGAUCCUAUUCUGACGCCACCGAAUAAUGGAGGUGGUGAAAGCAGUACGGGUAAUCCAGGUGACCCAAUACUAACGCCACCGAAUAAUGGAGGUGGCGGAGGCAGCACGGGUAAUCCAGGAGAUCCUAUUCUGACGCCACCGAAUAAUGGGGGAAGCGAAGUUAACACAGCCAAUCCAGGGAAUCCUAUUCUAACACCUCCCACAUUUCCUAGAGACGGUGGUGUUGGAGUUAAGGGAAUCGAACUGAGUUCUGAAGACCAACAGUAUGUUUGUCUAAUGACUAAUUCAGUGGUGAACGGUCGUAACGUGAUUCGUCGGGGGUGCACCCAGCUUGGUUCCAAUAAUGAUGAAACCUGCAGUAGAGUUUCCGGAGGACUUCAUAAGCAUUGCGCCAUUUGCAACACGCACUUGUGCAACUCGGGAGCUUAAACAGCGGAGGAUUAAUCUAUGAAAAGUAAUGUACAUCAAAGAUGUCAAUUUGUAAUCCUAAAUAUACAAGAUAAAAUUGAUUGCUUGAAGAUUAUGCAACUGCUUGCUAAUUUAGCAUGCUUGACGAUUCCAUUGAAUUCGUGUACCAAAUGAGUCACAUCGUAUGACAAGUGCGCGGGUAAAACAAAGUAACAGAAUAAAGGAGUUUUGAAAACAACAUUUGUCAGUGAUUGAUUACGGAAUGACAAAUUAAAAAUGCUAAUAGUUAUAUACAUAUUAGUAAAGAUUGAUAAGGGAGCAAAUGUCGUCAUCUAUUUGGACAUGUACUUUCAUGAACUGAUUUUGUAGCAAGUCGUUUACUGAUGAAUCUUUUUGCAGUUUCUCAGAUUGACGAUUGACAUAACCCAUAGCAAGCGUCAAAGAAGGCCUAGAAAACUACCUGAAGCGCAAAGUAAAACAAAUUUUAUUACAAAUAGAUAA